CCCGACCCAAACCGAAAUCCUGGGCUUGAGUCCAGAAUGCAUGGCUGCUUGCCUGCUUCUACAACCUCUCCUAAUUCUCAGUCUCCAUGGGAGAAGUGGAGAAUAAGCGUUUAUAUGCGGCAGGGCGCUGAAAUCCCAAAAUAAAGCUCCGCCGUCACCGACUAGUGACAACAUUCCAUGGCUCACUGUCAAAUCCCAAAAGCCGCAACUGCAUAUCUCUAAAGUCUAACGCUCUCUUUCCAUCUCUCUCUCUAUUUCUCUCUCUCUCUCUGCACUUACACGCAUGUGUAGCUUCUCUACUCAAUGACCCUCUGCGUGCGAGCUUCUAAAGCUUUAGCCUCUACCACUAUCUCCACUGCUUGGCACCCAUUUGCUCUUAAGAUUGUCUGCUCUCUAUCAAGAAUUCCUUCAACCUGACAAAGCUACGUUAUAAAUAAACAAGUGGCCUUGAACAUCUAUAGAAUCAUAGAUUUGGAGACAAUUCAAGGGGAUAUGUUAUUCCUCCAGAGAGCGCACUACGUACUACGCACUCAGCAGGCAUAUGGAAAUCCCAUGUCUUAAUCCGCCCCCCUGCUGUCUACAAAACCAUUUCAUACCCCAUUUCUCAGUUCCAAGCUCCUCCCAUUUACAACAACAGGAAAGCAAUGGCUCUUUUCUCGUCAUAUCCAGCUUCCUGUCCCAUAAUAAGAUGCUCUUCCAAUAGAGAUAGUCACGAACCAAACAGGCAAAAGCUGAACAACAUCAGAAUUAUUGGUACGUCCUCUGCUAAAGCUGCUGUUGAUCAUAUUCUGAGCCACACGGCUGGAGUCGCAAACACAUUCAAUUCAAUCACUUCUGUUCCGGAAAAUGGGUACAUCCCACAAGAAGAGAUUCGCCAAGAUAUUCCGACGAGGAAGAAAUUGGUGGAUCCUCAUCGUCAAGGUCUGAUCACUCAAGGAGGUGUUGGGUACAGGCAGACUGUUGUCAUUAGGUCCUAUGAAGUUGGUCCUGAUAAAACUGCUACUCUUGAGAGCAUCUUGAAUCUUCUUCAGGAAGCAGCACUAAAUCAUGUAUGGAUGUCUGGUCUUCUGAGCAAUGGAUUUGGUGCCACACACGGAAUGGUAAAGAAUAAUCUCAUAUGGGUUGUCUCGAGGAUGCAGGUUCAGGUGGAUCACUACCCAAUCUGGGGAGAGAUAAUGGAAAUUGACACAUGGGUUGGAGCAUCAGGAAAAAACGGAAUGCGGCGAGAUUGGCUAGUCCGAAGUCAAGUCACAGGCCUUGUUUUUGCACGUGCCACCAGCACCUGGGUGAUGAUGAACCAGCAAACAAGGCGCCUCUCAAAAAUGCCUGAAGAGGUGAGGGCUGAAAUAUCACCCUGGUUCAUAGAGAAGCAAGCAAUCCAUGAAGAUUCUCCCGAGAAAAUCAUUAAGUUGGACAGUAAAGCAAGAUAUAUGAACUCCAACUUGAAGCCCAAGAGAAGUGAUUUGGACAUGAAUCACCAUGUAAACAAUGUGAAAUAUGUAAGAUGGAUGCUUGAGACCAUCCCAGAUGAGAUUUUGGAGUCUCACCAACUAUCCAGCAUCAUUCUUGAAUACAGAAAGGAAUGUGGGAGCUCAGACAAAGUUCAGUCGCUUUGCCAUCCUGACGAUGAUGGAGUUCUGAAAGAUGGAUUGAAACAAACCAAUGACAUUAAUCUACCCAAUGGAUUUUCUCUUGCAUCAGAAAUCCUCGAAAAUAAUGGACUUCUGCACUCCUUUAAGAAAGAACCAUUAAGGUAUACACAUCUCCUGCAAACUCAAGGUGAGCGUGGAAGUGAAGAGAUUGUUAGAGGCAGAACCGCAUGGAAGAAAAAGAUGUCUACCCUGCCUUUCUCCUCUUCGUAAAAACAAAUAAGCCAUCUUAGAGGGUUCUAGAAGCAGUAAAUUCAGACCUCUCAGAGGAGAAAAAAGAGGUUUGUCAAGGAAAAAUCGGAUUACCCCCGUCCCCUGUCCCAGAAAUUUCUAUAUAUGCAUGAAUGUGUUGAUUCACCGAAGCAGGAUGAAGAUCCUAAUAAUCUUGCCCAAGGUGUGAUGCAGAGUACUUCAGUGUACCGCAUCAGUUACCUACAAUCCCAGAUCCAACUGGGUGAGUAGGUGAUUUUAAGUUGUGUGGUGAUGAUUGUAAAGGAAAAGAACAAGAAG